AUGGCUGACUUCAAAGAUAUUUUUAGAUCUUUUAUUAAUCUAUUCGCUCGCGAACAAAUACAAGCAAUUUUAUUGGCAUGGAUUCCGUCAAAACUCGAGCCAUAUUUUUCUGGAAUAAUCGCUGUGGAUAUGUUUAUAACUACCUUAAUAGCUACUGCAAUAACUACCUUGUUCUACGCAUCAUGCUCCUUGUUGCAGGUUUUUCAGCUCAGAAAACCAUUAACAGUGCAAAUUGAAUAUUAUGUUAAAGAAUUAAAUAAUGGUUCUUUUAUUGUUCAACCUACUAAUAGUAAAAAUUAUGAAUCAUAUGAAGUACUAGAUUUUAAUAUCCUACCCGAAAAUAAAGAACAAAUAAUUAUAGAAUACAAAGGUCUAUCUCCUACUCCAAUGCCUUCUAUUUAUUUAUCAAUCAUUAAUAAUGACUCAAGUCCAAAUAGAUUUGAUGUUAAUGCAAUAACUGAAUUUAUUAAUGAAGUAACGUGGUUUUAUUUUAAAGCAAAAGAGAAACAUCACAAACGUUCUCGAUAUAAACGUAAUAACGGAAAUUGGAACAGAGUUCAAUAUUUAUCAAACUUAAAUAGCUUGGAAACAGUUGUUUUAGAUGAACCACAAGAAAUAUUAUUGAAAAAAGAAUUAGAUUCUUUUGUUAAUGACAAAGAAUUUUAUAAACUAAUUGGUGUCCCCUAUCGAUAUGGCUUUCUUCUAUAUGGUAAACCAGGGACUGGAAAAACUAGUUUAAUAAAUGCCAUAUCAUCUUAUUUAUCACGAGAUCUUUAUUAUCUUAAUCUCAAAGAAAUCAAAAAUGAUAAUGAUAUGAGCGCUGCGUUUAGCUCUGUUCCAUCGAAUCAAAUAAUUGUACUUGAAGAUGUUGAUACACAAUCAAAUGUUCUUUAUAAAAGAGAUAGAAGUCCAAAUCAUUUUAACUUUAUUUCUGAAGAUGUUUUAAAAGAAAAAGAUGAUUUAGAUAAAUAUAAGGAGAUAUUUACAUUUAUUAGUUUAUCUAAUUUUCUCGGAUGCUUAGAUGGUCAAACAUUAUUAGAAGGAACAAUAAUAGUUAUGACAACUAAUCACGUUGAACAUCUUGAUCCUGCAUGUAUCCGCCCUGGUCGUAUGGACGUACAUUUGAAUCUUGAAUAUUGUACGCAUUACCAAAUUAAAAAAAUGUAUCAUAAAAUCAUAUCUCUAGUUGCGAUUGAAUUAAUUUCAAAGUGUGAAAUGUCAAAAAGAAAAAUAUUAACAUAUUGUUUGGAACUAUUGAUUUUACAACUUUUUAUUCUUACAUUCCUUUGCCCAGCUCUUGCACUAGCAAAAGUCCUCGCAUUUGAUCAAACAAAUGGAGAACUUAACUAUAAUAAAGGUGUUGAAUACGUCUACAUAGUACUUGGUUGGGCAACAACUGCCUUAGAAUUAGAAAUAGUUCUCGAAGAAUGGCGCGAUUUCUUAGUCGCACACAUUGGAAAUAGAUUUAAAAAGUUGCAAGAAUGGAAAAAAUGA